AAAACGUUUAAUAACGCGAGUCUUUGUUUCUCAGAUACAACACAUAGUUUUACAUCGAACAGAAAUUUUGAAGACUUGCACCACAUUUCAAAGUAUUUUAAAAAGGCCUUAGAUGACACCAAGUGUAAAUUUAACUACUGUAUAUGUUCUUAGAACAAUUAAACUUUUAUCAGUGCGUAAUUUGACUAGAAUAAGUAAAAAGUUUUAUUAUCGGGGUGGAAAUCUAAAGACAAUGAAGUUAGAAUCCCCAGCAUUCCAGUCUAUAUUAACCUCAGAGCUUAAUACUCUGGUCAAUAUAUUUGAUAAAUAUGACCAUGAAUUAAGGAUAGCAGGAGGAGCAGUCCGAGACUUAGUAUUGGACAUGGUUCCACAUGACAUUGAUUUUGCUACAACUGCCACACCUACACAGAUGAAAGAGAUGUUUGAUAUAGAAAAGAUUCGAAUGAUCAACGAUUCUGGAGAAAAGCAUGGUACAAUCACAGCUAGAAUAAAUGAUAAGGAAAACUUUGAAGUGACAACUUUAAGAAUUGAUGUGGUUACAGAUGGUCGCCGUGCCGAGGUUGAGUUUACCAGGGACUGGCAGUUAGAUGCUAAUAGAAGGGACUUGACUAUCAAUGCUAUGUUUUUAGGUUUUGAUGGAACAAUAUAUGAUUAUUUUAAUGGAGUAGAGGACCUAAAAAACAGGAGAGUUAAAUUUGUAGGUGAUCCUGUAUCCAGGAUACAAGAAGAUUAUUUACGGAUUUUAAGAUAUUUCAGAUUUUAUGGAAGAAUAUCAGAAAAAGCUAAUGACCAUGAAGAAAUGACACUAAAUGCUAUUAAAGAGAAUGCUAGUGGUAUGAAAAUAAUAUCUGGUGAGAGAAUAUGGAUGGAACUGAAGAAGAUAUUAUGUGGCAAUCAUGCAAGAGACAUUUUACCCACAAUGCUUCAGUUAGACCUUGCACCUUACAUGGGUUUACCAGAUAAAGCCGAUAUAGAAGAGUAUAGAACUGUAUGUUGUUCAACAGAGGGAUUAGACCCACAACCAAUGACCAGGCUGGUGGCAUUAUUAGCAAAUGAUGAUGAGGUGCAUUUGUUACACAAAAGAAUUAAACUAUCAAGAGAUGAGUUACAGCUAGGAUCGUUUAUAGUUAAUCAUAGAAAAGACUCCUUCGACAAUGAUCCAAUGAAAUAUUGCCAAUUCUUGUUUACUGACAGUCCUGGCGAAAUGAAAAAAUUAACAGAAAGAAUUUGUGAACUUUUGAAAUACAGAGGUGAAAAAGACCUCAUGGACCAGUUUAUGAAAUGGGAAUCUCCAAAAUUUCCUGUUAAUGGAUAUGAUUUAGUAGAUAAACAAAUCCCGAAAGGACCAAUAUUUCAAGGAACAUUACAUGAAUUAAAACAAAUAUGGAAAUUUAGUAUGUUUACAAAAACAAAAGAGGAGCUAUUGGAAAAUCUUGAUGAGAUUGUUGAAAAAGUGACUGAAAAAGUUCCAUCUAAAAAGAGAAAAUAAAAGAAUGAAACAAUA